AAGAAGAGCAUCAUGUCAACAGCUGCAAGCAUGCUAAACUCAGUUUCUAGUUAGCAGUUUUAUCUCACUUUAAAUAAAUAACGUUUCCGAUAGAUAACAAUGUGGAGGUUAAAUAAGGUUAGACACAAGGCGGGUCGCAGAGGCUGCAGCUUGGAAGAGUUGAAAUUCAAGAGGCGAGAUCAUGAGAAAGAACUGCGACAGGCCCGGAAAGACAGACAGCUGGUCAGUAAGAGACUUCUGUUGAAUGAAGAUGAUGAAGUGGACAGCGGCAUGGACAUACAGUCCAGUGAUCAGGUGGUGGAGUUGUUCCUGAAGGUUCUGAAUGGUGGGGAGGAGAGAGGGGAUCACCUAAGCACUCUGAGGAAAGCCCUGCGGAAUCCCUCAACGCACCUCAUCCUAAUCAAGCAGGAGAACAGCAUGCAUGUGUUGGUGGGGCUCCUCAGUGGCUCCAACGCCCAGUGUCGUCUGGAGGCUGUGAGGUGUCUCCACGAGCUGUCCCACUCUCCCCACCCUAGUGUGGGACCUGCAUGUCUGCCUGCUACACCUUACCUCCUCACCUACCUGUCUGGACAGAGCGCCAAGUUCACUGAGCUUUGCCUGUACACUUUAGGUAACCUUUGUCCAGACAGUGACGCUAUUGUAGAAAAGCUCCUAGCCCAAGGUCUCAUCCCUGCACUGGCAAACUGUAUCCAGAUCCAGAGGUCCAGCCUAGCCGUGGUAGAAGCAGUGGGGUUUACGCUCUCACAACUCCUCCAAGCAAAACAUGCUGCAGAGAAGAUUUCCCCGCUAGUCCUGGCCUCAGGGUUGGUUCCCCAUCUCCUCUCUGUGCUGACUGUCGACCCCCAGUUCGGUCUGUCCCCUGCCAUUGAGUGUGCCUGGUGCCUGCACUACCUCAUUUGCAGUAAUGUGGACAACGGUGCCCUGCUGGUUCAAGGGGCUCUGUCACAGUGCAGUGCCCUUCUGGUGACACUGGGGGGCGCAGUGGCUGAAGGAACUCAACAAGAGGGCAUAGAGCUGUUAAUCUGGCCCUUGCUGCGCUGUGUGGGGAACCUGUUGUCCUCCAGACCACUGAGGGAGCUGGAGCCUCAGCUGAGAGAUGCUCGUCUCCUGGCCACUCUGUGUACGUUUACUCUGGUCUUCCUGCAGACCCAGCCAGCCUUAGCCAGAGAGAGUACAUGGGUCCUUAACAACAUCACAGCUGACUCCAGUCGCUUCUGCUCAGCCCUGCUGUUUCUCAACCUGGUUCCUAGUCUCAUUCAGAUGUUGCCUUUCUCCCGAGGCAUCAACACUAUGGUGCUAAGGAUUCUGGGUAAUGUGGCCCAUAAAGGAAGUGAGUACUGCAUCCAGCUGGUCAAGGCAGGUCUGCUGCCAGCACUCUGUGCCACACUCAAGAUGGCCGACCAGGAAAUGGUGACCCUCAGUUUGGAAGUUCUCCUCAUGAUGCUAAGCAGCAGUCCACAGGUGGUAGUGGAGUUUGUGAAACAGAGUGGACAAUCCUUGCUAGAGGCUAUUCAGUACAACAGUGAGGGAGAGAUGCGUCUGAGAGCGACAUACCUCCUGGAGAACAACCUGACCCCAACUGACCCCUAAACCCCACCCCUACUGACCCCUUGCAUACAGGAUUCAGUCUAGCCCAGCAAGUACCUCAAAUAUACUGUUCAUGAUCAGUACACAACAUUGUUACCAAUUCCCAUCAUGUACAUAUGUAUGUUUAAGGUGUUUUUAUAUAUGGUCCACCCUGUGGAAUGUCUGUACAGUUAUACAAUAAAGUCAAAUGGGUAGGGAUA